AUGUCCACCCAACAUAAUACUGCCGACAGUUCGUUUCAACCAAAUGAUGAAUCUGACGACCAAGAAGGUGAACUCGAAGUUACCACCACAACUACCGAUCCACAUCUAGCACCAAAGAUAUUUCUCCACAAAACUGCUCGAGAUCAGUUCUUUGAAGAUCUGCAGCAUGAAAAAGAUAAGAACAGGUGGUCGGCUAAAUGCUUGUUAUGCAAGAAAGUCAAAAGAGUUUUCGACAAAAUAGGAGUUACGUCAAACUUCACACGACAUGCUCGUGAAUAUCACAAAGAGCAAUACGAACAAUGGUCAAGAGGAUCGAAAAAGGUCAAUUGCAUCAAACAAAUUGACAAAAUUACAACACAUUUUCAAAAGCCGAAACAUUCUCCCAUUGGGCAAUCUUACGGUUCGAAUCAUUCUCGACAAGUGGAAUUAUCUGCGGCUAUCGUGAACGAUCUAAUCAUAUCUCUGGGUUU